AUGUUUAUUGUAGGGCUUACUGGUGGCUUAGCUACAGGCAAAAGUACAGUACUUUCCAUAUUUCGUGACAACGAUAUUGCGGUAAUAGAUGCCGAUGAAGUUGCAAGAAAAGUUUUAGAACCAGGGACAAAAGCAUGGAAAGAGUUACGACAAUAUUUUGGAGAGGGGCUUCUAUACCCUGAUGGUAAAGUAAACAGAUUAAAGCUUGGAGAAAUAGUGUUUGAUGAUAUUGAAAAAAGGCGCAAACUUAACGCGAUUACACAUCCUAGAAUACAAAGGGCAAUGAUGAGCAUGGCUAUAAUGUAUUUUUUUUCUGGUCAUAAAUAUAUAGUCAUGGAAGUGCCAUUGUUGUUUGAAACUGGGAAAAUGUUAACAUUUAUGCACAAAAUUAUAACAGUGGUUUGCGAGGAUCACCAACAGCUUGAGAGAUUAUGCAAACGUAAUGACCUUUCUGAAGUAGUUGCUAAAAAGCGUAUAAGCUGUCAAAUGCCACUUGAGCAAAAAGUAGCAAGAUCUCAUUUUGUCAUUGACAAUUCUGGAGAUAUUGCAAGCACUGUGCAUCAAACAGAAUGUAUAAUAAGAUUGCUCAGAAGAUCAAAAUUUACGUGGUAUUUUCGAGUCAUUAUCUUAAUUGGUUUUUUAUCAAUAGCAUUUGGUGCGGCAAAUAUAAUCAGUAAUUUAUUUAGUAAUAAGACUUAA